UCCAUCACUCGCCGCCAGGCUUCUGUCAGCACCCACAGGAACUGCUGGGCCCCGCGGUUGUCACCCAGACCCCACACGAACAGCUCCUUCUGCGGCCCUGCCCCCAUUGGCAACCCUGGCCCACCUCUCCCCGACCUUCUCACGACACCCACCCUCAAAGCAACCUCCCAGCAUUUCCAUAAAAUCUGGGUACUCUGACUAAUCCCUUUUCCGAACGGUAAUUUCCCCCGAGGCUUCUGUCAGCUGGAUGUGGAUUUUGUAGGAUUUUUAAUUUUUUUAAAAAAAAGAUAGAGUUAUGGGGUCAGCACUUAUGACCAACUCCUGUAGGCGGUGAGAUCUAUUUUAGAUAUACGGCAGGAUUAAAGUGGGGAGGAGAGCAGAUUUAAUUAAGUUGCUAAUAUUUAAAGAAAAUUGAUGAACUCCUGGUUUACGAGUAGCACGGUUGUGAACAGACCCCUCAUUCCGGGGAGGCUUUUUAUUUGAUUUGCUUUCCGUUUAAAUCCUGGACUCAUUUUAUUUGCGUAGCCGCACUGUCCGUUUAAUUGUCUUUAAUAAGGAAAACGUACCUCUGCUCGCAUUUAAUUUUGAUUUAAUUAGGAGGAAGUAAUUAAUGGCUUCAUAAAUCCCAUUUUUCAGCCCCCUGGGAUGAGAAACCAUCACUCUUGUGUUUUUCAUGUUGUUUAUGAUCAAGGGAUGGGGCUUGAGGGGGAUUUCUCCUCCAAGGCUGGCCACACUUGAUGUGGUAGAAAGAACUCUGAAUGUGGUGUCAGGCUUUGGAGCCGUCUCUCAUCACCUGUGUGACUUUAGGUGGGGUUUAGACCCUCUCUGGGCCUCAGUUUGCCCACCUACACAAUGGGGAGAGAGUAAGUUCUGAUGCACAAGAUGAGACAUCAGUGAGAUAGCAGUCAAGGGUCUAGAACUGUGCCUGGUGUGUUUUAGGUUCCCAGCGAUUGUCCAUGUGUACCUGGGAUUUAAGAGUGGCUGAAUUAAGCAGAAAUCCCAGAAGACAACUGGGGGAGUCUGAUGACAGUUGUAUACUUUAUUAUUCAUGUAUUCAAUAUGUUUGGUGCUGUGCCCCGUGCUGGGUGCUGGGGAGUUGGAAUAAACAGCCAGAUGCUUGACCCUCAAGGAGCUUGCAAACUCACACUCACGUGCGCGCACACACACACACACAUUCAACUUUGCCACCCCCUGUAUUUUCUCUGCAGGUAUUGUCAGGGUACCUAGUGCGUGCCAGGCACAGAGAGUUCUGACAUAGACAAACCUAACUUAGUCCAUACCUUGAGGCCCAUGACAGCUGGGGACACAGAUGUGCAACACUAGAAGUUACAGGAGGGUGUGGAGUGGAGGGGUUUGUGUACGGGGCAGGAACGGAGUAGGUGAGGUCUCUUCAACCAAAUAAGAGGGCAUCUGAGAGGGCUGCCUGGAGGAGGAAACAAGCUGAAUUUGAAAGACAAGAAGGCAUUGAUUGGAUCAUGGCCCCUAGAUCUCCAGUAGGUCAGGAUUUGAGUCUGUGUGGUUCUUGUAUCAGGAGAUAGGGGAUGAACUAGGUGACCCCUCAACCCCUCCUGAGACCAGCACAGGAAAAGGAGAGGGAACUAAUUUACAUUGAGCACCUACUAAGCGCAAGGAGCUUCCAUAUAUUAUCUUAUGAAUCUUCAGAAUAUAUAUGGUGAAGCAAUAUCAGCCCCAUUUACAGAUGAGAAAACUGAGGCUCAGAGAAGGGUAGCCACUUGCCCAGGCGCGUGCACAGGUUGCUGGCAAAGCUGAAGCUGGUACAGAGCUGAUUCUGACUCCAAAGCACGUAAUCUUUCCUGAUGUGUGGCUUGAGGUUCUUUUCCAAAUGGUAAAAUGGAGGCUUAGAGAGAAGAGGCCACCGAUGACUGUGGCCUGCAGGGCACAGGGCAAAAGACUGGUGUCAAGGCCACUGUCCAAGCUGUGCAGCCCAGUGGCCACCCGGUAGCCCACUCCUUCCCCUUUUCUCCCUCAUCCUCUGCUGCAGGCAUUGUAAGCAGACUAGCCAGAUUCCCAGAGACUGCAGAGAAACCAAACUGGACUUUGGAGUCAAACAGACCUGGGGCCACCUCAGUCUCUUCACCUGGAAAAUAGGGAUACGUUUGCAAACCCCACAAAGUCAAGCUCAAUUUCUGCAGAUGGCCUGCAACACAUGUGUGACACAUAGUGGGUGCUCAAUAAAUGAGAGCACCGUCUUCCAUCCUCCACUCCCAGCUGAGAGUCCUGAGAAAUAUCUUCUUAGGGCAGAGCCACAGGCAUUCCCCCUUCACUCUGGAGCUGGGACCCAGGCAGGCAGGGAAGGCAGCCCCAGCUGGGCCUGAAUUCGUAACUCCCAGAUCUUAGCUCCUGCCCAGGCCGAUUGCCCCUGUCUGACUCUGCGGUCCCCAGAGAGCAGCCAGUAGGCCCCAGGGUGAGCUCUGCAUCAUAUUCCACAGAAGAUGACAUCACCAUAGGCUCUACUCCCUCCUCUCCAUUCCUCACUCAUAAGUGAGCCCUGCCUGGGAUCUGAGUUAAAACGUCAAGGGCUGCAGGGACAUGAUGGAGAGCCAGGAGAUGGAAAGGGAAGGAAACAACCAUUAGCAGAGUGCUUAGGUCAAUGUAAACAUGCUCUCAUCUAAUCCUCCCCACACCUGUGCCAAGUAGAGCUCGGUCUGAUUUCUCAGGUGGAAACACAGGGGCUCAGAGAGGUAAAAUUGACAAACCUAUGGUCCCAACAUUAGUGAGUAGUAGAGUCAGGAGCGUGCUUCCCACAGUUAGCCACCUGACACAGCACAUGACUUCCCCUCUCUGUGCCUCAGUUUUCCAACCUGAGAAAUGGGAAUGAUAAUGUUUCACAGGACAAUGAUGAAGACUAAUAAGAUUAUAGCUGUUAAGCAUCUCUUCGAAUGGCGUCUAUUCUAUCACACUGCUCAGAAGUGUUUGCUGAUGAAAUAAGCUGACAACAGAUCAGACUGGGAAGCAGAUAGAGCCACCCCAAAAGGGAACAGAAUCACCCCCUCUCACCCCAUCUCCCCUGGGGCAAUGGUAGAAAAAAUGUAUAAACAGCAAACAGGAGAGACAGGUCUCCUCAUCCUCAGCACUGCCAAUGAUUCAGGGCUGAUGUCCUGAAAUAAUUUUAUUGGGGGCAUUAAACUGAGUUAUGAGGUUUUUACAAUCCAGCCACUUAUGAGAAAUCUAUUAACAGUAACUGGACAGGAAGAAGGCUUCUCAGUGGAGCCCAGGACGGGCAUUAAUUGGGGCAAUCUAUAACAGGACGGGGACCCGGAAAGGUUCCACCAGACGCCUCCAUUUAGUCCCCGCAAUUUCUGCUGAGAAUCAGCAGACUCGCCAAAAAGAGAGAGAUGCCCAUUAAUCGGCUAAUGAAAUAUGAAAAUGUUUAUGGGCCAUUCAAUCUUCCAAAUGGCACUUCUAUAAUCCACCUUUCAGACACAAAGUUCUACCAGCAGAAUUUAUACCCCGGCUCCUCCUGCGUGGCAGGGGAUGGGCUUUUGUCCCCCUUCGUGAUGACUUCAUGGGCACCUGUUCUCCUGCUGAGUGGGCUGGGGUCCACAGCACCCCAGCCUGAAAGGAACUUUAGGGGUUCUCUCAUUCACACUCCAUCUCCAUGGAAGCUUAGAGAGGAGCAGGGACCUGCCCAAAGCCAUUAGCUUCAUUGGAAUGGAUUUUCCUCUGCGCGAAGCUGCCUGGGAGAUUUGGGCAUUGGAAGAUAAGGACUUAGGUGUUUCUGAUUGCAAGAAAACAGACUUCUUGCUGGUUCCUCACCCAAGAGAUCUCAGGGCAGUGGAAAUAGCCUGGAAUCUGGAGCCUAAUAGUGCCUAGAUUAAAUCCUGGUUAUAUAUAGCUAACAUUUAGUAAUAAUAUAAUAAUAACGAUAGCUACCAUUUAUUGGGCACUCAUUAUGUCUCAGACGGGGCUGAUUUUCAGCUAGUACAAACUGGUAUAGUUGUACUGGUUGUUAAAACCAUGAAAAACCUCCAUACUUGUAGUAAAUAGUCCCUCUCCUCUCCCUCGCCCCAACUCUCUCAGCCCCUUGGGCCUCUCUGUGAUCCAGCAACCAAAGGGCUCCUGCCUGGCCCAGCAGGGAUCCUGCUGCAGUACCACUGCCUGGGCAGUGCACCCACCAUGCUGGCUGUUAAAUAUUGUAAAUGUCACCUGGUAACACCUGCUAAGGGCCUUGUGUGGAUUCUCAACUCAGCAAACCCCUCAGUACCUCUGGGAGGAAGAUGCUAAUAUGAUUCCCAUGUUACAGAUGAAGCAACUGAGAGCCAGAGAGGCAAAGUGAUGGGUGAGGAUGCACAGGGAGGAGAUGUCAGAGCCAAGGCUGGGCCAGGUUGCACUGUCUCUCCCCUGCCCUGGGCUCCUCUCUGGAGGCUUUAGAUGGAAUAGGAAAGCCCAGUGUGGAGUCAGACCAGCUCUUCCAGUGGCCUGACCUUGAAGAACCCAUUCCACUUCUCCAAUCUUCAUUAGGAAAUGGGGAAAAAAAUCUGUAAAAUAAAGAUAGCAAAACCUACUCUAGCAGGUUUUUUAAAAAAGCAUCUUGAACUAGAAAAGUACAUAAAUUGCUUAGCCAGUGCCUAGCACAUAGAAGGUGCUCUUUCAAUUGACAUCCCUUCCUCCUCUCUCCCUUCACUCCCUGCCAUGUGCCGUGUCUUGAGCCUGGUUCUCCAUAUACCAAGAUGAGGAAGAUGCCACCCCAACCUCCUGUGGUGCAGAGUCUAGGGAGCGGUGGACCUGUAAUUCACAAUCCACUCCGACUCUGACGAGGGUGACGGGGCCAUCAAGUACACCAUCUCAGGCGAGGGUGCUGGGACCAUUUUCCUGAUCGACGAGCUGACAGGCGACAUUCAUGCCAUGGAGCGCCUGGACCGCGAGCAGAAAACCUUCUACACGCUGCGGGCCCAGGCUCGGGAUCGCGCCACCAACCGCCUACUGGAGCCCGAGUCGGAGUUCAUCAUCAAGGUGCAGGACAUCAAUGACAGUGAGCCCCGCUUCCUGCACGGCCCCUAUAUUGGCAGCGUGGCCGAACUCUCGCCCACAGGCACGUCGGUGAUGCAGGUGAUGGCCUCGGAUGCGGAUGACCCCACGUACGGCAGCAGCGCUCGGCUGGUGUACAGCAUGCUGGACGGCGAGCACCACUUCACCGUGGACCCCAAGACCGGUGUAAUCCGGACGGCUGUGCCUGACCUUGACCGCGAGAGCCAGGAGCGCUACGAGGUGGUGAUCCAGGCCACAGACAUGGCGGGUCAGCUGGGUGGCCUCUCAGGCUCCACUACCGUCACCAUCGUAGUCACCGACGUCAAUGACAACCCUCCCCGUUUCCCGCAGAAGAUGUACCAGUUCAGCAUCCAGGAGUCAGCCCCCAUCGGAACGGCCGUGGGACGUGUGAAGGCUGAGGACUCAGACGUGGGAGAGAACACGGACAUGACUUACCACCUUAAGGAGGAGAGCGGCAGCGGCGGCGAUGUGUUCAAGGUCACCACAGACAGCGAUACUCAGGAGGCCAUCAUCGUAGUGCAGAAGCGCCUGGACUUCGAAUCCCAGCCCGUGCACACCGUGAUCCUGGAGGCCCUCAACAAGUUCGUGGACCCCCGCUUCGCCGACCUGGGCACGUUCCGCGACCAGGCGAUCGUGCGCGUGGCCGUGACCGACGUGGACGAGCCCCCCGAGUUCCGGCCACCCUCCCGCCUCCUGGAGGUGCAGGAGGACGCGCAGGUGGGCUCCCUGGUCGGCGUGGUGACGGCGCGGGACCCCGACGCCGCCAACCGGCCCGUCCGGUACGCCAUUGACCGCGAAUCAGAUUUGGACCAGAUCUUCGAUAUCGAUGCGGACACAGGCGCCAUCGUGACUGGCAAGGGGCUGGACCGCGAGACAGCUGGCUGGCACAACAUCACGGUGCUGGCCAUGGAGGCGGACAAUCAUGCCCAGCUCUCCCGGGCAUCCCUAAGGAUCCGAAUCCUGGAUGUGAACGACAAUCCCCCAGAACUGGCCACACCCUACGAGGCAGCUGUAUGCGAGGAUGCCAAGCCAGGCCAGCUCAUCCAGACCAUCAGCGUGGUGGACAGAGACGAGCCCCAAGGCGGGCACCGCUUCUAUUUCCGCCUGGUGCCUGAAGCUCCCAGCAACCCUCAUUUCUCUCUGCUUGACAUCCAAGACAACACCGCUGCAGUGCACACGCAGCACGUGGGCUUCAACCGGCAGGAGCAGGACGUGUUCUUCCUGCCCAUCCUGGUAGUGGACAGCGGGCCACCCACGCUGAGCAGCACGGGCACACUCACCAUCCGCAUCUGUGGCUGCGACAGCUCCGGCACCAUCCAAUCCUGCAACACCACGGCCUUUGUCAUGGCCGCCUCCCUCAGCCCCGGCGCCCUCAUUGCACUCUUGGUCUGCGUUCUCAUACUGGUCGUGCUGGUGCUGCUGAUCCUCACCCUCAGGCGCCACCACAAGAGCCACCUGAGCUCGGACGAGGAUGAGGACAUGCGGGACAACGUCAUCAAGUACAACGACGAAGGCGGCGGCGAGCAGGACACCGAAGCCUACGACAUGUCGGCGCUGCGGAGCCUCUACGACUUCGGCGAGCUCAAGGGCGGCGACGGGGGCGGCGGCGCGGGCGGCGGCGCGGGCGGGGGCGGGGGAGCGGUCGGGGGCUCGGGCGGGGGCGCGGGCAGCCCCCCGCAGGCCCACCUACCCUCCGAGCGCCACUCGCUGCCGCAGGGGCCGCCGAGCCCCGAGCCGGACUUCUCAGUGUUCAGGGACUUCAUCAGCCGCAAGGUGGCGUUGGCGGACGGGGACCUAUCGGUGCCGCCCUACGACGCCUUCCAGACCUACGCCUUCGAGGGCGCGGACUCACCGGCCGGCUCGCUCAGCUCGCUGCACAGUGGCUCGUCGGGCUCGGAGCAGGACUUCGCCUAUCUCAGCAGCUGGGGUCCGCGCUUCCGGCCCCUGGCCGCGCUCUACGCCGGCCACCGCGGGGACGACGAGGCCCAGGCCUCCUAGCCCUGCGCCCUGCCGUCAGGGCGCGGCUGCUCACCCGCCCAGCACACGCCGGGGCCCCCAGGACAACGCGUUUCCCCGUGGACCCCCUUCCCUGCCCUCCCCAACCCUCCCUCGGCGGCCGGACGGAGGAGGACUUGCUAGGAGCGGAUUCUCUCGCUCCUCCUCCUGUAGGGGUGCAACUUUGGGGCCCAGAGGUGCGGGAUUCUGACCAACGGCAUUAAAACUGAGGCGAAACCGGGCGCGGCGUGGCUCUGGGGUUAGAAUGGGAGAUGGGGGUGGCGUUGCAGAGUCGGGAAGGGGCGGGUCACUCAAUCCUGGCCUGGGGGAGAAUGCUGGAGGGAGCACGCCGCUGAGAUGCCCCCACCCCAGGUUUCCCCCAUCAGAGUUAAGAGGAAAGAAGGCUAUUCAUUUACUAAGCACCUACUGUGUGUUGGGACGCUGUACAGAGACCAGCUCAGUCGUCAGAGAAACCAUGAGGUGGUGUCCUGCACGGAAUAGAAGGGGAAAGGACCCCAGAGAAGUGGCUGUGACCCGUCCAAGGGCACCUGGCCAGUGAAUGGCAGAGCCUCUGGCACUGGCCAGCUGCCUGGCCUCGGGCAAGUCACUUCACUUCUCUGGGCCUCAGUUUCCUCAUCUGUCAAAUGGGGUUAAUAACAGAACCUACCUCGAAGAGUUGUGAGGCUGAAAAGGGUUCAUAUGUGUCAAGUGGUUAGGACAGUGCCUGGCACAUAGUAGGUGUUCAAUAAAUGCUAGCCUUUGUUACUAUUCUUA